GCGGGGAAGUCACAGAGUUGUAGAAGAUGUCCGCUGCGAGUGCAAGCGGCUGCGGACCCGGACCAGGACCGAAUACAGGUCCUGGGUCCGGGGUGUCAAACCCACGAAAGUUUAGCGAGAAAAUAGCCCUGCACACACAGCGUCAGGCCGAAGAGACUGCUGCGUUUCAGGAGGUCAUGAUGGACAUUACUUCAACUCGGAUCCAGGCUCAGAAGGUGCGCCUUGCCAGAACUCAGGGUCCAUACUACGGGGGCUCCCUGCCAAACGUCAACCAGAUUGGAAGAAACGCGGGCGAUUUCCAGGGCCCGUUCCAUUCCAACCUGGACUCCAGCCGGUCCACUCGGCACCACGGCCUUGUGGAGAGGGUCCAGAGAGACAGACGUUUCAUCUCCCCGAGCCGGCCCUACAGGAGACAAGUGGAUAACUCUCACUGCAGCUCCGCCUACCUGUCCCCGCCACCCGACCCCAGCUGGCGAAGGAACUGGUCCAUGAAUUUCCCCACGGACAAAAGCCAGUUGUUCCGCCUCCCCACCACUGCACUGAACAGGACCAACUCGGACUCUGCUCUCCACACCAGCGUCAUGAACCCUCCGACGGGGGACCCCUUCGGUUCUGGUCACAAUCUCACCCCUCAGGGUAGACGCAGCGGCUUAGCUGAGGCCGACGGACGCAGAAUGUUUCCGUAUCCUGUUCCCCCAAUUGAGGAGAAUGUUCUCGAUGAAGGAAAAUUGCUGAAGCCUUGGGACACUAAGAAGUUACCGAUGCCAUCUUCGAGACCCAAGUCCUGUGAAGUUCCCGGCAUCACCAUCUUCCCCUCCCCAGACCAGCAGUCCGGCACCCCUCUCGUUCCCUCUGCGUUGAACACGGGCGGCUCCCUGCCUGACCUGUCCAGCCUGCACUUCCCCCCGCCGCUGCCCACGCCUCUGGACCCGGACGAGCCCGGCUACCCGUCCCUCAGUGGGGGCAACAGCACCGGCAACCUGGCCAGCACCCUCACCCACCUUGGCAUCAACACCAGCAACGCCUUCAACUCCCCAGGUCUCCUGGCAUCUCUUCCGGGCACGCUGAGCAACCCCUCACUCCAGUCGUCGCUUAGCAACCCCAACAUCCAGUCGUCGCUCAGCAGCCACUCCUUCCCCAACUCCCUCAGCUCCGCCUCCCUGCACUCGUCGCUCAGCAACCCCUCGCUGCAGUCCUCGCUCAGCUCCUCCCCUUCCCUGCCGUCCUCGCUCAGCAGCCAAUCGCUGCGCUCCUCGCUCAGCAGCUCCUCGCUCACCGGUCAGCAGCCGCAGGCGCUCCAGCAGGCGGCCUACGGCUCGGGCGGCGGCGGCGGCAGCGGGCAGGGCCCCGGUUCUGGCCCGUGCCCGGGCUCCUACGCGCCCCUCAUGGCCGGGCACCAGGGUCACGGGCAGGUCCAGGUCCAGGUCCAGGGUCAGACGCCGCAGACCCAGCUAAGCUCCUCCCCGCGCCGGCGGGCGCAGCUCUCGCCACUCAUCUUGCCCGCGGACGCCCGGAGGCAUCACGCCAAGCAGUUCUCCCCCACCAUGUCGCCCACCCUCUCCUCCAUCACGCAGGGUGUGCCUCUGGACACCAGCAAACUUCCUAUGGACCAGCGGCUGCCUCCGUACCCCUAUAACCAGCCCCAGCAGCCCCAGACCGGCUCCCCUGCCUCCCACCACCCCCCACAGACCAGCCUGGGCUCCCCCCAGACGGGCCAGCCCCUGCCCUCGCAGCAAACCCCCAUGCACCAGUCUGCCCAGCAGCAGCACCAACAGCAUCAGCAGCAGCAGCAGCAGCAGCAUCAGAGAACACAAGCCAUGCAGCUGCAGCUGCACAACCUGCAGAACCUGCGCAAGACGCAGAGCAUGCAGAUGCAGCAGCAGCAGAUGCAGCAACAACAGCAGUUGCAGCAGCAACACCAACAACAACAACAACAACAACACCAACAGCAGAUGCAACAACAACAACAACAGAUGCAGCAGCAACAGCAACAACAACAGCACCAACAACAACAACAACAACAACAACAGCAGCAGCAGCAGAUGCAGCAGCAGCAGCAACAACAGCAGUUGCAGCAACAGCAAAUGCAGCAUCAGCAUCGACCCGGUACAGGCCCAGGCCCAGGCCCGGCCUCCAACUCCAUGCAAGGCCAGGAGCAGGGCGGCAUGGACAUGUCAGGCCAGAGCGUGCUCUGCAAGCAGGAGCCGGGCGCCCAGACGCCCUGCAACGAGCAGCAGCAGCAGCAGCAGAACAGCCAGCAACACAUGGCACAGCAGGACCAGGGGCUCCCACAGCUCCAGCAGAUCAGCCAGUCUUUCGCCAACGAUCUGCUCUACAACGAUGCUCUGCUGUCCUUGCUGGAUGAGCCGUACCUGAGCCUGCAGCUCGGUGGCAGGCAGAACCAGAACCUCACUCAGCAGUUUAACAUGGACACUCAGGUAGAGGGCCUGUCCUUCAACCAUAGCUUGGGCACCGGCUCCUCUUCCGGGAAAGUACAGGACAGCUCAUACCAGGCCGUUCUGGAUCUUCUGGACUCGACAGACCACCAGCUCGGCAACCCCAACCAGAACCAGAACUAUGGUGGUGGGGGACGGCACAAUGUCCCCAACAUUAUUCUCACGGGAGAUUCUCCACCUGGUCUGUCAAAGGAGAUCACCAGCGCUCUGUCCGGCGUGCCGGGUUUUGAAGUGGACUCUUUCUCGUGCGACGACCCGCUCCGAAUGGACCCGCUGGCGCUGGAGGGGCUGGGCAUGCUGACGGACGGAGACCUCCUGCUGGCCGACCCGGCGGUGGAGGACUCCUUCCGUUCCGACCGCCUGAAGUGACGGCACCAGGGGGCGGUGGGGGGCUGACGCCUAGAGGUGCAGGAGGAGCAGCCCGCGGGAACAGGAGAGCGGACUUCCGAGGCAGAGGAGAAGUGGGUCGGGAACGGUCAGUACCCCCCUCUAGGACUCUGGAGCCGGUCAGAGGUGAAGGGUCCUGCUCCUAUGACAGGGAUCCUCCUCCUCCUCCUCCUCUCUCUCCUCGAG